CGUCGGGACGCGAUAUAAGCAGCCACCAACUCAUAUCAUCUCGCCUCUGUCUCUAUUUCUUUCAACGGCCGCCUCUCUUUAUACUUGUGUAUACGCUUACCUCAUCGCACAUCGUUUGUUCGCAUCGCAGAGUCGCAAGCGUGUCAAGGGUUUUUACGCCUGUAUACUGACAAGAGACCACCACCACCAUCACCACCAUCAACGUCACCUCGGCACGCCGGUGAGGGAUUAUUUGAGUCAGUGCGAAAAAUAAAACAAGAGAUAGAGUGAGUGGUAUUGUGGAGGAGCGAAAAAAGCGAAAAAAAAUGGGGGAAAAAAAACGAUGAAAAAGAAAAAAAGAGUCGGAGGAACAAAUCGUAGCGAUUAAUUCGAGCCCGUAGCACAUAGGUUGAUCCAUCAGUUCUAGCCUUUAAUUUAUGAUCUACCUCUUGAAUUGUCCUCUCGCUCUUUCUACCACCGCUCGCUUUGUAUUAUCACCGGCAACAAUUCCUCAUCGCGUGCCUCAUAGCAACGUACGCUUAUAUAAUGUAUAUAGACAUAUAUUAAAGCACCUAUAGCUGUCUCAUCAAUCCUCGCGCGCGGAAAUUACCAAGAUUUUCCUUUCCUUUCAAGGCCAGAGACUAGAGUCUUGAACAGCCGUAGCUGCAUAGCACACUUGAUCUUCUUCUGGUUCUUGUUCUUGUUCUUGUUCUUGUUCUUGUUCUGUUCUUCUAUUCUCUCUUCCCUCAUUUUGCUUUGCGGGUUCAAGGAUCCUCUAGGUUUGUUCAAGUAACUCAGAAGCAUCUCGUGGUUGACACGCGGCAGCGACGGCGGAGUAUAUAUCAGGUAGGAGAUUAUUGAUAAAGGGCCAGGAUCGCGCAUGGCGGGGGCAUAAAACAAUGGGAUCUCCGGGGAGAGCGAUGAUAACCCACCGGCCUCGGGGGUACCAGAAGGUGGUAGUGGUAGUAGAGACGAGGGUUGGUGGUGGUAGUAGUGUGUAGUAGUAUAGCGAAGGGAAAAGCAUGAACGCAACGAUGGAGGGUGUCCGCAGGUGUUUCCCGGCACUCUCGGAUAGCCAAAGUGCCGUGCAGAGUCUAUCCUAUGCUACGUUAUAGGUAUAGGUAUCAUCGUGCACAGAGAUGAGAGAAGAGUAGAGUAGAGUAGAGAGUAGAGAGUCGAGAGUUGAGUAGAGGGGACCAUCAGCCACUGCCACCGGGUGCCAAAAGAGAAGGGAGAUACAACAAGGCGAUGCUCGAUUUUGCGCACUCGAGCCAGGCCGCUGUUUCAGUGUUUUAUCACAACCCUGAUGCCGAGCCAGACAAUUCUACUGAGACUCCUCCGGUGGAUGCUGUGCCGGAGACACUAGCAUUAUACCAUCGAGAACAGACGCAGGAUUUCGAGAGUGCGCGCGAACAUAAGCCAAGAUCUGAUUUGUGAUAAAAAGACUACGGCUGGCAAGACGUUACGACCAAGUCGUCAACUCCCCCGCGCGUCUCCUUAAGCCCUUCGGCUAAAGUUGUAUUUUUUUAUUUUAUUAUUUUUUGAGCAAUAUCCUGGCGGGCAGGAUACGGAUGUUGGAUGUUGGAAUUCAAUGGGUCUCAAGUCGUUUUCUACCUCCGGAAAGGAUGAAACAACAUUCCAGUACAUCAUUUAUAAAUGCGUAAAAUGCUAUGACAUCAGAAGCCGGUGGAUGGGCCUGCAAUGAGUUUGCUAUGGCCAUCAUCGCACGGCUUAGCAGCAUCAGCAUCAGCAGUUGCAGUUGCAGAAGCAGAAGUAGAAUCAGUAGUAGUUAGGGCAAACAACUGGAUUCAAACAACUGAAGCAGAGUCGGCAUAUCAUGAGGAAUACUACAGUACGAGUCAAUCUGUUUGUGAGAAUAGCUGUCGUCGCUGUUGUAGUCUCGUCUAUAGUUCCGCGCUGUUAUUCAGCAGCGGCAGCAGCGACGGCAGUAGCAGCAGCAGCAGCAGCAGAGCACCAGAUUAAGAAUGCUUCCGCCCAAUGUGUACUCCCGCUGGGAAUGGAAGAGGGUAAAAUACCCGACGACGCGAUAUCCGCCUCAUCUAGUUAUGAAACCAAGUCUGUCGGUCCACAGAAUGCGAGAAUACGACAGGAGAAGAAUGGGGGCGCGUGGUGUCCCAAGGCGCAGAUUAGCAAUGACAUACGCGAGUACUUGGAGAUCGAUUUGACGACGGAUCACUUGAUAACGUGGACAGAGACUCAGGGCCGGUUUGGCAACGGUCAGGGGCAGGAGUAUGCGGAGGCAUUUUUUUUGGAGUACUGGAGAGACUCCAAGUGGCAUCAGUACAAGACACUUAAAGGUGAUAGAAUACUGAGAGGCAAUAGCAAUACGUACCUGGUGGAGAGGCAAAAACUUGAGUUGCCUUUCGUGGCGAGUAGGGUACGAUUUGUACCUUACAGUCAGCAUCCGCGGACCGUGUGUAUGAGAGUUGAAAUAUACGGUUGUAUAUGGGAACAACGAAUAGUUAAGUACAAGAUACCUCGGGGUGUAGCUUUUGGUCCCGGGGGUUCCAAUGUUGAAGAUACGUCUUACGAUGGGCGUACAGAUGUAGAUCGUAAAUAUUUAAUAGGUGGUCUUGGUCAAUUAGUUGAUGGUAUGCUGGGUGAAGAUCCCAGGGUUUCAUCUAGCUUAGCUCAUUGGGUCGGAUGGACUGAUAUUAAUCCCGUGCCGGUUGUGUUUGAAUUCACAGACACUAGAGAGUUCAAUGUAUGUAUUAUUUAUUCAGCAAAUGCGCCAGUACGUGGAAUAGAAGUAUUUAAAAAUAUAAAAGUAUGGUUUUCAAAAGACGGUAUUGAUUACGACUCAUCGCCAAUUGAAAUGACCAUUGAAGAAAAGUCACCCUACUCACCGGGAAUAAUUCCCAUCUUGGUAUCAUUAAAAUCACGAGUCGGUAGGUUCGUAAAACUGGAACUCGAGCCACGCUCCAAGUGGCUUCUUAUCAGCGAGAUUUCCUUCGAGAGCCUUACAGGAUCUAGGUCCGGUAAUUCGAGCGACGAGAGGCUAUUGGACACCGCGUCGAGUGCUGUUCAAAACGAUUCCAUCACAACCGAGGACCCCGGGUUCUUAAACGGCGAGGAAUUCAACGUGACGGACUCCGAGGUCAACGGGAACCAGACGCCAGAUGCAUCUCCAGUGGGCCCACGGUGGUCGCAGACCUACAUCGGGCUGGUGAGCGGCGCGUUGACGGUCCUGGCGCUGCUCCUGACCUGCACAGUCGUCCUGAUGAAACUUCGCGGUCGAAACAAGGUAGCACUUCUACAAAAACACACGGCACUGCUUUGUGGCUCAACAGCUCCAGGUAUAACGAUAAAUGUCAAGGAUUUGAAGCUGCCCACGCCGAUCGUCGUUAACGGGACCCAGUCCAGACUGACCGGGAGCUUGAAAGGGUCCUCGUCCAAGCUGAGGUCCGGGUCCAUGUCCAGCUACGACGCGGCCACACUCAUGAGGGAGCACAUUCAGCAGAGCCAUUCCUGUGACAUGAGCAGCGAGUAUGAGCAUCGCAGUGUCUACGCCGAGAGCACAUACAAACUUCUCUUCCCUGAGGAAAGAUUCAACGGAUGUAAAACCGACUAUGCGGACGUCGCUGAGUUUGCCACCGAGUCUGCUAAUGCUGCCGCUGUUUCUACCUCUUCCUCAGCCCCGGCUGGCUGUGGUAGUACCAGUGGUACUUCUACAACAGUAGCGUUGCCCGAGGCUGAGGCAAAUGAAAGGCCGCAACCGCAGACUCCCUAUGCCCACAGGUCAUCCAAGCAUCAUGGUUAUUCAUCUAAGGGCCAUAAAGUCUACGAAGGAUACUACGCUGCUACAGACAUUCUCACGAGAAAAUUUCAGAUAAAGCGACGAGAACAGCACACCGGAUCCAGUCUGUUUACCUCAUUAUUGAUCGAGGAUUAUCAUAAUCACCAUCAACAUCAUCAUCAGCAUUAUCAUCAUCAGCACAAUGUUCUCGAUAAUUACGACAUCCAGCACAUAUCGAGACACCGAUUACGGAUCUUGGACAAGAUAGGAGAGGGCAGUUUUGGUUUUGUUCAUCUCUGCGAGGCCAAAGGAAUCCACAGUCCGGAUUUGGGCACCAUAAGAAAUCGACAAUUGGUUAUUGUACGGUCUCUUUGGCGUGGAGUUACCGACUCGCUCAAGAAAGAUUUUAUGAGAGAUAUGUAUGUUUUGGCUAAAAUCCGUGACCCAAAUAUCACGAGAAUAGUUGCAUUAGUUGAGGAGGAGCCUUUUGGUGCGGUCUUCGAGUAUGGCGAGCUUGGAGAUCUGCCAGAUUUCAUUCGCAAUCGUGAAAAAUCAGACAACGAAGCGCCAUUAAGUUAUAAUCGAUUACUUAAAUUUAUUACACAUAUUGCAUCGGGUAUGAGAUACUUGGAGAGCCUUAAUAUAGCUCAUUGUGACCUAGCCGCAAGGAAUUGUGUGGUGGGUAAGAAUUUAUCGAUCAAGGUAUCAGACCACGCAAUGUAUUGCAGCAAAUACGAUAGUGAGUAUUACGUUAACGAGUGCUACACCAAGAUACCACUUCGUUGGAUGGCAUGGGAGGCUGUAUUACUGGGUAAGCGAAGCUGUCAGGCAGAUGUAUGGUCAUACGCAACAACAGUAUGGGAGAUAUUAACAUACUGCGAAGACUUACCGUUUUCCGACAUGACAUCGGAGCAAGUCCUCGAGAACUGCGGUAAUUGGUACAACUCAACGACCACCAGUACUACGACAUCAUCAAGCUCGUUGUCUUGUUCAUCCCAAGAUAAGAAAACACGUGUACUAUCACAGCCAGCAACAUGCUCCAGAGAUCUCUACCGCAUGAUGACCAAGUGUUGGAGUAAACACGCUGAAGAGCGCCCGAGUUUUGAGGACAUUUACGUCUUCCUUAAACGUUUAACGCUUAAUGAAUAGGAAUAUUGUAAUAACGGAAGUUAGCUCGGCAUGUUGCAGGACCAAAUAACCCAACACAAUCAGCUACGAUGCAUUAACCUCUAUAUCUAUAUAUUUAUAAAUAAAUAUAUAUAUAUAUAUAAUAUAUAUUGUAUGUACAAUCAUCAAUCACCACCAACACUAGCCGAGGGAUAUGCUCUGGCCAACUAACUUAUGCUCAACUAGGUUUAUCUUCUUCCUGUAAGCAUAAUCGUAAUUUAUUUAUAAGCAUCUACAAGGUAAGAUUUUUUAUAAUCCAUGUCAAGUGCUAAUUUUUCUCCAGCUCAUCGAUAAAAAAAGAAAAAAAAAACAAUAUUAAAAGACCGCCGACAAGAGUAGACGUAAAAUCUAAUUAUCUAGUUUUUUAUUUUAUUUUUUAACUGUUUUCCUCUAUUAGUCAUUAGAACCAGUCAAUAUAAAAAUUAGAUUAUAAAUUAUGAUAUAUGAGACGUGGAGUUUAUUGAUAAAAGUUAAUAAUAAUUAAUCAUGUUUAAUAAUAACAUUAAAAAAAAAAAAUGCAAUUAUCAACGACGGUAAAUUUAAGAGAAAACGCUUCAUGAGUUAACGUUCACGUUGCGUCCCACAUAUCCUAGUCUUCAAUGUAAGCCAAAGACGCGUCGUUAAAUUUAUAUCAUGCUCAUGAUAAAUAUAUAUAUAUAUAUAUGAUUAUUAUUGAUAAUUAAUAUUUAUAUAUUAAUAUAAUAAUGAACUUGUAACGAAGGAUUACAUAAGAAAUUUAAGAUAUAUAUGUAUAGUUGAGUGGACUUCUUGUAAAUUAAUAAUAUAAUACACCUGUACCUUUUCCUCUUCGCCGCUCAGGUAUGCGAGUACUUGCUCUUACGGCUUCUAUUCACGUUGUUGUUAUUAUUAUUAUAAUUGACAUUAUUACUAUUAUUAUUAUCAUUGUAAUCGUAUUUAACUUGAGUGCAUUGUCGCUCGAGUACGCCGCUGCUCUUCCUCUAUUCAUCAUAGACAAUUUAUUUGUAAACUAUCGUUUGCAUUACAUGGCGAAAAUAAUUGUUACUGUAGUAUUAUCCUCUGUACUCUAUGGAACAAACUAUUGAAUUUAAUUAGCAUUGAUUUAAUUUAAUAAUGUAAUUUUACAAUGACAAUUAAGACAUAAGAAGUACCACAAAUGCAAUCAUCAGAUUGUGAUAUGUCAUGUGACACAAAUUGCUUGAUAUUUCUUCUUAAAGAUAUAUAUAUAUAAAUAUAUAUAAAUGUAAGCUAUUUAAAAAUGUUUACAAAAGAUAAAGGAUAAAUAAUAAUAAUUAUUAUUAUUGUUAUUAAUAUUAAGGGGGUUCUCAGAUAGUGCCCCCACUUUUUUAAAAUAUGCAAUGACGCAACUGUCGUAACUGUAUUAUAGUUUUAUUAAUUAAUUGAAAAAAGGACAAUUUUGUCGAGACAGAAUUUUAAAAAAAUUACAGUUAUCAAUUAGAAGUUACAAAACUUUUUUUUAAUAAAUUUUAGUUACAAAAUUUGGAAAUUCGAAUUCCAAAAUUGGCAUUAAGAUUUAACUGAAAUUUAUUUUACAAAUUUGGUUUAACUCCCAAUUGAUUUAAACUCUAAGAAAUUUUUUUUUUAAUCUAUACCUUGGCGAAAUGUGAUUUUUUCAAGAACUAUAACUAAUCAAAAAAAAAAAAAAUAUUUCUAAAAUUUGCACUUGUAGAUUUUUUAAUUUUCUACAUGUGCAUUUUUUUAGAUUUUUUUUUUUUGUAAUUAGUUAGUAGAAAAAAAAAUUUCUAAAAUUGUCAACUGUCUGCCAACUUCAGGAUCAUAAAUUAGCCGACGUCUAAUAUUUUUUGGAUUUUUUAAAAAAUGAUAGAUUAUAAAAAAA